GUACUUUGGUUAUUUCUUGAUUCUUCAUCUCCUAGCGUAAAUAUAUAUAUUCCAAGGGAAAUCUACCCACCACACUCUCUUCUACCAACUUCAACUCGCAGCAACAUCUAUUCGCACAGCAUCACAAUAAAGUUCUGCAAGUGACCAAAUACUAGACCAUGAGCUCGUGCUUCUGGCUAAUUAUCCUUCCACUUGAGCAGCGUCACAAUGGCUUAGCUUGACUCAUUCUGCAAAGGGCACGAAAAUCGGCCUUAACCGCCUCCCGGUUCAUUUUCGACACCUCCUUUCCCCUGCUGGCACCAUACGAGCGACACCCAUCUUGGCCAACCAAUCCUGUUUACCAUUCCAACGAGGCUGAAGAGUUUCACUGCUCUUCUCGUUCCGAUACUAGAUCAUGGGGUCCGGUUAGACGAUGGCUGAGGGGGGGGGCUUUGGCCCUGCUUCGACGCCGUGAUUAUGCGGGGGGGGGGAAGGAUGAAUGUCUAUUUGAAAGAGAGCCCGGGGAUCCAAAGGGCAGAGGGUGGUUGGUGUAUAUAUAUAGGCAACCGCAAGGGCCUCGAAGCCCUCUUCUCCAAGGGGGCAGCCUCCCCGCACGAUGUUGGGUCAGUCUACGGCCUUACACCGCUGCACAUCGCUCUGUUCAAGCGCAACUUUGCCCUGUGCGAGUUCCUCCUCACCGCCGGUGCCGACCCCUACCUCAACACAGGCAUGCGACGCUGCGUCAUCGAUAUUGUCCGUGAAGACAUUCUCCGCCAGCAACUCUCUCUCGACGAGAUCGUCUACCUCAAACGGCUUUUCGUCGACGUCGACGACCUGGGCUCCUUCAACUUCACCGCAGUCCACAAAGCCGCUCUGGGCCUGUCUCCUCUUUCUCUCGAGUCCCUCCUGCAAACCUCCACCUCCCUCAUCGACGCCCAGGAUUCCCAGGGCCGUACCGCCUUGCUCUGGGCUGCUUCCUCCAGCAACGUGCACGCCACCGCCGUCCUCCUGAGGCACGGGGCUUCGCCGCAUAUCGCCACCCGAACAGGCCAGUCCCCUCUCCACCACGCAGUCGAGUACGGUUCUCCCCAGUGCGCGCGGCUGCUCCUCGCCGCCGGCGCGGCAGUCGACCACCCGAACCGCCGCGGCCGUACACCGCUUCACUACGCCUCCCGCCUGGCCGACAACGCCGCCAUGUGUCGUCUCCUCCUUGAUGGCGGCGCAGACGUCCGCGUCCGCGAUCGCGGCCUCUCCACCCCGCUCCACGAAGCGGUGCAGUACGACCGACAACCGCAGAUAAGGGCCUUGGUCGACGCCGGGGCGGACCUGCUCGCUCUCGACGCGGACGGUAGGACGCCACUAGACCUUGCGCAGGAUCAUUCGGAUCCUGCUCUGGACGCCUCGACACGCUGCAGCAACAACCCCGUACACAAUGAACGACAGCUCAACAGUUGUCUUGAAGAUUCUCCUAUGGCUAUUGACCAAGAUGACUUUUCUUCUUCUUCUUCUUCUCCUUCUUCCGCAGCUGAACCGCCGCCGUCGUCCUCUAUACCACUGCAAGGAACGUGUAUCCGGGAAUAGAGGAUUGUUGGCAUGCGGACAACCUACCAGCACCUAGUCUCUACUUCCUCUACUUAUCUAUACAAUGCGUACUGUAAAAUGAUACCGUACGAAAUGCUACGCUGGUCGCAUGGGUGAAAACAUAGGCGUAGCAUGACAUUAUAUUAGACAAGUACAGAAUGGGCGAUAUUCCAAAUCAGAUUGCCAUAGGUCUGUCAAAAACUCCUUUCCAAGAAAAAGGAAGACAAAAAUCGGGAGAAAAAGGGGGGGGAAGAGGGAUCCAUAG